AUGGAGGAAGGGACCACCCAGAGACAUACCCUGGGGAACUUGGAGGAAGAAGAUGGGGAAUACCCUACCUGGGUCAUCAGUACACUAACAACAGUCUUGGUUGUGACAAUCAGUGGUGACAUUGUUGGAAACCUUUUGGUCAUCACAUCUGUCUUCAGGAAUAAGAGACUUUGGAAACUGGGUAAGAGGCUAUAUCUCAAUUCACACUAGUUUAGAGACAUUAGGGUUUUUCUUUGUUAAUGUUUCCAAGAUAGUGUUUUCAACUCUGAACUUUAAUAAGGGCAUUGGGCAUUAACUGGUUAGUAUUUUAAGUUAAGGACUAAUGAUGGUCUAGGCAUAGGCAACCUUCGGCACUCCAGAUGGUUUGGACUACACCUCCCAUGAUGCUUUGCCAGCAUUAUGGGUGUAAGAGCAUUAUGAGAGAUGUAGUCCACAACAUCUGGAGUGCCAAAGGUUGCCAAUCUAUGUCGUCAUAACUAUCUGGUCUUUAGAGAUCGUAGUCUAGCAUGGGAUGUCCUACUCAGCAACAGCAGGGUUCUAUUGCAUUAGUAGGAUAUCCCAUGUCGGUAUAGGGUCUGUGUGGCCAAAUUGUCAUAAAGACACCGAAUGUCAUUGGUCCUUUAGAAGUUAAAAGAUAUAGCAACAUUAAAAUAACAUAAAUGUGUUUUACAAACACAUUUCAGUUUUGUAAAUUCACAGCAAAACACCAAUAUUAUUUUUUACUCUGUAUAUAUUUUAAGUAAUUGCAUAUUAUAAUAUAAACUUUUGGAUGCUAUUUUUAUAAAAUGAAAUCUUAAACUAAAAAUGAAAUUGAAGGAGAUGUGUAACAUACAGGGUUAUGCACUAAACAUAUAGUGACAUUGAAAAAACAUAAAUUUAUUUUAUGAACACAUUGCAAUUUUGUAAAUUCAUAGCAAAAUAUACACCAAUCGUUUUUUACUCUGUAUAUAUUUAAGGUAAUUACAUAUUAGAAUAUAAACUUUUGGAUGCUUUUUUAAAAUUAAAUUAAAUCUUAAAAUAAAAAUGAAAUUAACGUAAAUGCGUAACAGGAUUAUUCACUAAACUAUAAAUAUUAGCAACUUGAAUCCGGAUGACAAAAUUGAGGCUAAAGUAGCUUAGUUUUAAAAAAUUCUUCAACUCGGGAUUAGUCAACGCUUAUCUGUAUUAGCUUCAAUUUUGCCAUUCAGAUUUAAUUCACUAAAAUGUGUUUAGUUAAUAACCCUGAUUGUUUUUAGCUCUGUCAUUCCUAGUGCUUUUAUUCAGUAGAUUGACAUGACACCACCUAGGAGGCUAAGCUUUCCAACUUGGAAAAGUAAACUAAAUGGAUCAUUUAUUUAGUUCAGCUAUUAUUGAUGAAGUUUUGUCAUUUAGUUUUCAUUUCUACACAGUGCUCACAAAUUCACUACGUGAUGAAUAAACCUACAAAGAGUUCAUCACUAUUGGAAAGGUCACCAUGUUUUUAGGCAUUUCUGCUAUUUGACAUCAAGAAUUGCAUCUUUGAAAGCAUGUUUUUUACAGAGCAUGCUUUGUAUAUGUUCUAUAAUUCUGUACACAAGGUCAAAUAUACAUUAUAUGUGGCUUAAAGAAGACAGGAAUGUCUCUCAUUCUAUGUAGGAUGAAUUUGUGCCACAGUGGGUCGAUUAGCAGUCUUAGGGCUAGAGUGAAGCCAUUCAUCAUGGCAAUUAGAGCAAUACAGCUUGAUUUUGUCUCCAACAAAAGACACUAAAGGUCACCGCUUAAAGCAGAUCAUAGAUACCUACACAAUGAACUUAUUUCAUUAAUUUAUUAUAUGCUACACAGCAAUAAUAGCUAAAUUUCAUAACCACUUCCAAAACAUAAAAAGUAUUCAUUAAUAUAUUUUUGAUCCUGCACAAUGUUAAGGCAAAAUCCUCUAGUUAUUUUAAUCAAGUCCUGUGUAUAUGUUGUCAAUGUUUUAAUAGUGGGGUAGAAAUUCUUUUUAUUGAUUUGAUGUAAAUACAUUUUGCACCAUGCACGGUUUUCCAAUCACAUAGCAAUUUAAGGAAAAUGCUUGACCUUUGUAAGCACUGCUUGUGAAAAUGUCUGUUUCUUUUCUCUUUUUUUCCAUCCAUAUGUCUCUGUAUGUGUCUAAUUAAAAUAAAUAUGCACUUGUCGGUCCAUGGGAGAUAUGGAUUUUCUCUUCAUCAUAUAUUGGGGAAUGCUUCAAGAUAAGGCUUUACAGUGCUUCUGUGCCCACUCAAAGCACCAUAACAACUUUGCAUCACUCCAUCCAUUCCUAGACUGACUUACAACUCCAGUCAUUUGGGAUAUAAAAAUUGUACACCUAGAAGCAUGUCCCUUGUCUUUCUUCUAAAGGAGAAAGUUUUAAUUCUUCCUUAGCUGUCUCGGGGUCAUGCCACGUGUGUGUGUGCUACGUGAGGGAGGGAGCCCAAGGAAGGCACUACGCAUGCAUGUGUAGUGGUUUGCAGUCAUUCUGUUUUACAAAACUGUUAACUGGGCUGGGUAUAAACUGACAGAACCUGUGUUAUGCCUGCAAUCAGCUUAUGGAGCAUUUUCACUCUUCUUAUGACUGGAACUGCAUCUAUGAAAUACGUAUACCAUAAAUCCACGCUGCACAUGAGACUGGAAUAAUAAAAAAGCGCCAUAGAAAAACAUGAGAGGCUCCUGAUUGGUGGAAUUUCUUCCUGGUCAGGCAGAAGUCCUCCCUCUUCUGACAUCUGCCUGUGCAAGUGUAACGGUUUGGGGUGAACAGGCUCAGUUUGCAGAGAAAGGACAAAGCAGAGUCACUUAAAGGGACACUAGAGUCACCCAGACCACUUCAGCUCAGUGAAGUGGUCUGGGUGCCAGUUCCCUCAGGUUUUAACCCUUCAGAUCAUCAGAUGCAAACAUAGCAGUGUCUCUGAAACUGCUAUGUUUACAUUUGGGGUUAAGCCAGCCUCUAGUGGCUGUCUUCCGGACAGCCACUAGAGGCGCAUCUGCGACGCUGGAGGCAUAUUAUGCCUCCAUCGCGCAGAGCGUCCAUAGGAAAGCAUUGAGAAAGGGGUCCCUGAGGGAGGGGGUCCCUGAGGGUGGGGGCACCCUCAGGGUACUAUAGUGCCAGGAAAACACGCAUGUUUUCCUGGCACUAUAGUGGUCCUUUAAGUUAACUAUACUUGUAUUAAGCUAACACAGCAGCAAAUUAAGAAACCAGGCCAAUGGGUAGAAUCAUAGAUACAAAUGGAGUGGAUAUUCUGGAUUUCAUCUACUAUAUCUCACAAAAUAAUGGCCAAUGCCGUCUGAUGCAUGCAAGAGGAAACUAAUCUACAGUUUAGUACAUUAUGUCCUUAAAACAGUUUUCCUGGCACUAUAGGUUUCUAAGGUGCCCCCCUUUCCCUGUCCCUCGGCGCUGGGUCAGGCUCCACCCACGCUCCUCCCUUGCUGAUGUCAGCCGGCGGGGGAGACCUAAUGCGCAUGCGUGGAAAUGCAGAGCGUGAGGAUGUCCAGUGUCAAAUACCAGACCAAAGGUCUGUUUCAAUUCAGAAAGCACUCUAGUGGCUGUUUGGUAGACAGCCACUGUGGGUAGACUUAGCGCUGCAAUGUAAGCAUUGCAGUUUCUCUGGAACUGUAAUGUUUAACAUUGCAGCACUAAGUGUAAAAGGGACACAGCACAAAGACCACUUCAAUGAUUUGCAGUGACCCUUUAACGAAACAGCACUUCAUAUGGAACUGCAUCCUUAUGCAGUCCUUUCUAAGAAGGUACAAUGUUUAGGUAGCUCUGGGAUGUCCUGAAAUAAUGGUUGCUAUAUCAAAAAGGACUAAGUUGUAAAGGGCUGCUGAAGCUGAGGGGAAUAGCAGUACUAAAAUGGAGUCAGAAGAAACUGCUAACAAUGCAAAAGGUGGGGACAGAAUGAAGAGUGCACAUAACCAUGGGAUACACUUAAGGUCUGGGAAAAUGGACUCAUAACAAGAAGCAGAGAUGAAGGGAAGCUCUGAAGAUGACACAAGGCUCCAUUGCCAGUAAUGCCAUGAAUGUUAGGUAUGCAUUCUGCUUUACUGGUCACAAUGUCUGCUGGUAGAUUGUUUAGUAAGCUUUAUGUUUCCUGAUUUUCAGAUGAACUUGCUCAUCCAGGUUUGUAACGUUUUGCAAACAAUACCAGUUUGCCUUCCUCAAGCAUACUUUUCUUAUCCCGAGUCUGACCUGCACUCAUUUGUUUAGGGGAAUUGUGGGCCCACCUCCUAGACCCAUGCUCUCUUUUUCUGUAAGUCGUGUGUGUGAUGGUUGAUUGCUGAGUAAGCCUGAGAAGUGUAAAGGGGGGAAAGGGCUGAGUGUGUCUGUGUCUCUGGUAUUGUGUCCAUGUGUAUGUGCCUGCAAGUGUGUAUGUGCAAUUCUGACUGAGUGUGUGAACAAGACAUUUUAUUUGAUUUGUGAUUGGGAAUUCCGUCUGAUGGCCUAAAAAAAAAGAUAAAUUGUAGGAAAAAUUAAGAUUGAUGGUUAGGGGACAGCCACUAAAUGAGAUCAAGUGAAAACUGACCAAUAGAGGAAAAAGGAUGACCAGUGAAAAAAAACCUCUAUAUUCAUUUAUUAUAUAUUUAAUAAGUAUAUAAUAUAUAAAUAUCAUUUUUGUUACUGCUCCUAAUUUUUUUCUCUUUUGGCUUCUCUGCUCACUUGAUUGACUGUGCCUCAAAUGGCAGGAAAAUGUGCCUAUCAGUGUACUGCAAAACAUAUACAUGAUAUUUGUAGUUUUUGUACAUUUGUUCCCUAUUGUGAAUCCAGUAUACAAUAUGGAAGAGGGGCAUAUUAAAAUGCAUGCUGACUGAAAGAGCAAUUACAUUGUUUAAUAUGAAUCUUUCCCUCCUCUAUAGGAAUGAGUAAUUUGAUCUAAAGUAUAGGCACAUUGAGUGCAGUGACCAGAAGGCAAUAGGGAAAAAAAUUAGAAAAUGUGCAUAGCCUGCUACUAUGUAACAAAGAUUUACAUCUUGUACAUUUACAUCUGCUGCUGAAAUUUGACUGUCAUGCACAAUAUUAUAGAUUAACCCCUUAUUGUCGCAUGAUGAAAUGAUUCCGUCAUGGUUGUCCUUCCCUAAAGGAAUAAUAACACAAUAAUAUCGUCAUGCGGUAUUUUGCCAGCAGCACUGUUUCUGAUAUCUAUGGUCCCCUUUUGUCAGCUGCGUGUGUGCAGCAAAUAUGUAUCCCUGUGUUUGUUUGGAAAUGGAUAUGUGUACCUUGAGUUGUGAAUCUGUUGGUGUUUCUGACUGAGUGUAUAUCAGUCUGUAUCAGCGUGCGUGUAUCAGAGUUGUUAACUAAACUCUGUAUUUGAGUGAUUUAAGUCCAAAUUGUAAAACGGAGGCCAAAAAACUGCCAAGCUUUGUCUAUUGUUGAGGUUUUUUUUCUUCUUGUUUUUAUUUUUCAGAUAAGCUACUUUAGACUAAUUUUUGCAGUUUUGUUUAAAUUUGCUUUGAACAUUCUAUAUUAACAGUUUUUGGUUUGAAUUCUACCACUUAAACAGCAGUGCAGAAAAUAUUUAUUCAGAGACUCCGAGUUGAGUACAUUAUUACACUUCAUGAGCUAAAUUACAAGUCAGUGCAUCCAUUUUUAAGACAGAGGUUUGAAUGCAUGUUCAGUGAAAACCAUCUUUUGGGGGUUGAUGAGCAGCUGCCUAUCUUAAUUGCUCCUGAAGCCCAGAUCCUGCUUCAAGCUACAGGCAUUCCUAUCUGUUUGGCUGAUACUCUUCUGAUCAUUGCAGCAUCCUAUUCAGUACAGAAGGAAGAUAAAACAGGUUUACACCAUUAGUUGAUUCAGUUAUAACAUUGGGGUAAAGUCCAUUUCUGAAGCAGAAGUUGCAAAUAAUAGUCUUUCUGACUCAGUGUAUUUAUUAUCCAUAAUAAUAAUGAGGGACAAAUACUAGAUAAUUUUAUAGGAAACCUAAGUUUUUUGCUCUUUUCAACUGAAAAAAAUUGUUCAUUUCUGUCCUUGUCCAAAUAUCACACGUAAUCCUGAACACACAGUGAUACAGAAAAACAUCAGAAUAGAAUUUCAUUACUUUUUUUUUUUUAUUGAUUACAUCUCUGUCACAAUGUGGAAGUCAGCACACAGGGCACACAGAGAGUAAGCCAGUGUUCUAAUUAGCCUUCAAAGAGAUAAAGAUUUACUUUACUUCAAAGGAAUCUAACAUCGUCAUCAACAUUUUGUACAGUCUGUUCAACUUCCUAACACAAACUACAUUACUAUAGGGUCAUUGCAUUUUUUACAGAUGCCCAUUGACACAUAAUUCUGUAUUGCCCUUCACUAAUUAAAGAAAUAAUAAUUACAAUUAUAUAUAUAUAAAAUUAUUUUUCAUUCUCGGGUAUCUUAGCUGUGCCUAGAACUGCACUCUUCUGGACAGCGAUCUCAGAUGUCCCACCUGGAGUCUGUUGAAGCCACUCACCCAACUUGGGAGUUACAGCCACGAGUGCUCCUAUCACAACUGAGACUACUGCCUGCUCUUUCCACAUGCUUUCUAGCCCCUCUUUCAAUACUUGGUAUUUGUCCACCUUCUCAUGUUCCUUCUUUGUGAGGUUAUGGUCACUAGGUAUUGCCACAUACACAAUCUUUCAUUCCUUGUAUACCACCAUGAAGUCAGGUUGGAUGGCCAAUACUUGUUUGUCUGCCUGAUCUGAAAGCCCCAAAGGAUUCGAGCCCUGCCAUUUUUAACAACCCUUUGUAGUAUCUCCCAUCUGGACUCCCAGGCAGGUCCAGUUCAGAUAUUUCGGUACACAAUUCCAGCAACUUGGUUGUACCUCUCAAUGUAUUAGACAUGUGCAAUUCGUUUCGGGCCAAAUAUGAAUUCGGACGAAUUUCGGCCAAUUCGGACAUUCGGGUACUUCCGAAUGUCCAAAUAGCCGAAUUGCCGAAGUGCUGAAUUACCGAGGUCCCGAAGUUUUGAAAUUAUCGAAUUUCCGAAGUGCCGAAAUGCUAAAGUGCCGAAGUUCCGAAGUUGCCGAAGUUCCGAAGUGCCGAAUUGCCGAAGUUCCGAAGCACAGUAUUGCCUAAGUACUGAUAUGCUUACUCAGUGGAAGAAGAAGAAUGUUACACUGUAUACAAUUUUAAAUAAAAAGUAUACAAACAUAGCCAGGAUUCAGCUGUAAGCAUUUGCAACACUUACAACAAUCAAAUAAUAUACAUUCAUAUAAAAUGUAAGUUACUUGGCCAGUCAGUGUAAUGACAGGAAUGAAUAAGUAGAUAACUCCCACGGUAUUAGGGAGCUAUCUACUAAAAGGCUGAAAGACCUGAAUUGGUCUUUCAGCCAAAUUUACUAAUACUAAGUAAAGAUUAUUUAGUAUUAGUAAAUAGUGAUGUCUGAACUGUUCGCCAGCGAAUAGUUCCUGGCGAACAUCGCUUGUUCACGUUCGCCACGGAUGGCGAACAUAUGCGCUGUUCGGUCCGCCCCCUAUUCGUCAUCAUUGAGUAAACUUUGACCCUGUACCUCACAAUCAGCAGACACAUUCCAGCCAAUCAGCAGCAGACCCUCCCUCCCAGACCCUCCCACCUCCUGGACAGCAUCCAUUUUACAUUCAUUGUGAAGCUGCAUUCUUAGUGAGAGGAGGGACAGUGUAGCUGCUGCUGAUUUGAUAGGGAAAUUGAUAGCUAGGCUAGUGUAUUCAGUGUCCACUACAGUCCUGAAGGACUCAUCUGAUCUCUGCUGUAAGGACAGCACCCCAAAAAGCCCUUUUUAGGGCUAGAACAUCAGUCUGCUUUUUUUUCUGUGUAAUGUAAUUGCAGUUGCCUGCCUGCCAGCCUGUGUGUCAGGCUCACAGCAUAUACUGUGCCCACUUGCCCAGUGCCACCACUCACUCACUGGUGUCACAAUAGCUUGCAUUUAAAAAAAACAAAACUUUUUUGACUGUAAUAUAAUAGCAGUCAGUUUCCUUCGCUAGUGUGCGUUUCAGGGCCUGCCCAGUGCCACCACUCACUCACUGGUGUCACAAUAGCUUGUAUUUAAAAAAAAAAUUAAAUUUUUUUGACUGUAAUAUAAUAGCAGUCAGUUUCCUUCACGAGUGUGCCUUUCAGGGCCUUCCCAGCGCCACCACUCACUCACUGGUGUCCCAAUAGCUUGCACUUAAAAAACAACAACAACUUUUUGGACUGUAAUAUAAUAGCAGUCAGUUUCCUUCACGAGUGUGUGUUUCAGGGCAUUUAAAAAAAACAAAACUUUUUUGACUGUAAUAUAAUAGCAGUCAGUUUCCUUCACUAGUGUGCGUUUCAGGGCCUGCCCAGUGCCACCACUCACUCACUGGUGUCCCAAUAGCUUGCAUUUAAAAAAAACAAAACGUUUUGGACUGUAAUAUAAUAGCAGUCAGUUUACUUCAUGUGUGUGCGUUUCAGGGCCUGCCAGGGCACAGUGUCACACCAGUGCAACUCAUAUCUGGUGUAACAGUAGUGUACAUUUAAAAAAAAAAAAAUAAUACAAUUUUGACUGUAAUAGAUUGAAUAGCAGUUAGUUGUCUGCAAGCGUGUGUGUCAGGCCUAGAACAUCAGUCUGCUUUUUUUUUUCUGUGUAAUGUAAUUGCAGUUGCCUGCCUGCCUGCCAGCCUGUGUGUCAGGCUCACAGCAUAUACUGUGCCCACUUGCCCAGUGCCACCACUCACUCACUGGUGUCACAAUAGCUUGCAUUUAAAAAAAACAAAACUUUUUUGACUGUAAUAUAAUAGCAGUCAGUUUCCUUCGCUAGUGUGCGUUUCAGGGCCUGCCCAGUGCCACCACUUACUCACUGGUGUCACAAUCGCUUGUAUUUAAAAAAAAAAAUUAUUUUUUUUUGACUGUAAUAUAAUAGCAGUCAGUUUCCUUCACGAGUGUGCGUUUCAGGGCCUUCCCAGCGCCACCACUCACUCACUGGUGUCCCAAUAGCUUGCACUUAAAAAAAAACAACAACUUUUUGGACUGUAAUAUAAUAGCAGUCAGUUUCCUUCACGAGUGUGUGUUUCAGGGCAUUUAAAAAAAGCAAAACUUUUUUGACUGUAAUAUAAUAGCAGUCAGUUUCCUUCACUAGUGUGCGUUUCAGGGCCUGCCCAGUGCCACCACUCACUCACUGGUGUCCCAAUAGCUUGCAUUUUAAAAAAAAAAACGUUUUGGACUGUAAUAUAAUAGCAGUCAGUUUACUUCAUGUGUGUGCGUUUCAGGGCCUGCCAGGGCACAGUGUCACACCAGUGCAACUCAUAUCUGGUGUAACAGUAGUGUACAUUUAAAAAAAAAAAAUAAUACAAUUUUGACUGUAAUAGAUUGAAUAGCAGUUAGUUGUCUGCAAGCGUGUGUGUCAGGCCUACAGCUAGUGGCACAGUCAGACAGCAUGCAUCGGCACCCGGGGUCAGCCAGACAGCACGCCAAUCAACGCAUGCUGUUGCCACCACCAGAAUGCCGUCAUUGCAGAGCUCAGCAGUGUGGCAUUUUUUUUGUGUGUCUGAACCCCUUGACUACUGGGUGUGCAGGCUUGACCUGUGGCCUGAGCUAUCCCACUUUGCGAAAGAACUUCUGGCCUGCCCCGCUUCAAGUGUCCUGUCAGAAAGGACCUUCAGUGCAGCAGGAGGUAUUGUCACUGAGAAGAGAAGUCGCCAAGUCAAAAAAGUCUAGAUUACCUCACCUUUAUUAAUAUUAAUGAGGGAUGGAUCCCGAAGGGACUGACAGUGAGCGUAUUCGACUAAAAAAGGCCUGAUGAGGGGGACGUAACAGGGUGUUGCGGCUGCCGGCCCGCCGCGUGAUAUUUAAAUCCCUAGCUCACCCCAGUACCUUACCCUGUCGUGGUUUCCUGUUCCUGGUUUCCUGAGAGUGCUUUAUCAUUGUGAAUCUGAUUUCCUGGUAUCCUGAUCUUGGCUUUUCCCUGGUUAUUCUGAAUUCUGGUUUCCCUGACUUGGCUUGUGUAAACGGUAUUGUGUAUUUUCUGGCUUCCUUGACCUCGGCUUUCCCUUUGACCAUUAUCUGUCUCUAGCGUAUUAGUCCGGCCAUUCUAAGGUCCGGUUUACGCUCUGUCCUUUUAUUUCCUUUUCUUGCCUAUGUAUAUGUUUACAUAGUUUCUACGUGCUGGCCACACUAGUAGUCAUGACAUUGGGAGUAAACUGAUAAGAAUAGUACUACUUAACACACCACUCCUAUCUGGUGGCACAUUAGAUUGCACGCGCAGUGCCCCAAAUUUGAAGUAGGAGGACCGACCAAGCAUCUUUUUCCAUCUCCCGGUUCCUAAAAUCCAUGCCAUAUACACGUCCCCUGAUAGGGGACGUAACAGGGAUUAAACUGAUAGGAAUAGUACUACUUAACACACCUUAUAAUAACGCAGAGAGAGGCAACGCAGAGAGAGGAGUCUGAAGAAGAGGAGUCAGAGGAGGAAGGUGGCUUUGAGGAGGUGGAAGACCAAACACAGCAGGCGUCCCAGGGGGCUUGUUGUCACCUUUCGGGGACCCUUGGUGUUGUACGUGGCUGGGUGGAGGAAGAGACCUUCAAUGACAUCAGUGAGGACAAGGAACGGACAUGGCUAGCUUGGUAUCCAACCUUGUGCAAAUGGGGAGUUUGCGGUUGUGCAAAUGGACUGUUUGCGGUGCGUUAAACGGGGAGUUUGGUCUGUCACUGUGAAGCGGACGUAACCCUUACACUACCUGAUCGAUACAACAUCAUACCAAUUUAGGGAUGUUAGGUGAUUUAUGCCCUUUAUGGAUUAAAACCAGACUCUGCAUCAACUAUGUAAUUUUCCAUGAGAGUUUUGCCAUGGAUCCCUAUUCUUCUAUUGAUCUGGUGCUGAUUGUCUGUUCCUGAACUGCUAGUGCUGCCUCAGUGCUGUCUUUCAGUCUUGCAGUUUCCGAACACUGGUAGGAUUUUAUAAGGUGAGCAAUCCACUAUUUGCCAGUGGUACACCGCACCAUGGAAAGGUUUGUUUUGCCACAUAACCUCCUCUAUUUUUACAUACUCUAUCUGAUGUUGUCUCAGGAAUUCCCUUAACGGUUCAUCUUUGGAAGCCUUCUUUGUGGUGUACUUGUAGAUGCUCUGUGUUUGAUCCAGGACUGUGGUCUUGACACUCACCAGGCAUUGACCUCCUUCCUUCUGGCUGGUGUACAGUCUAUGAGUGCUGGAUGUCGUGUGGAAUCCUCCAUUCAUAGUGAGUAGUUUCAAGGUUUUGAAAUCCAUGGUGACUAGCUCUUCUUUUGGCCAGGUUACUAUUCCAUCUGGGUACCUGAUGAGUGGUAAGGCAUAUAUGUUGAUGGCUUGGAUCCUGUUCUUGCCAUUGGGCUGGGACUUCAAGACCUGUCUGACACUCUUGAGAUUCAGUUAGGGAGUCUAUUUCUGUCUAAUAUCCACCAGUAGGAAUGGAAACUGCAAAGUGUAAUGCCACUUCUCAGAAACAGCCAUGUAUGCAUUUGUAAUGCCAUAGGGGCAGCACCUGUACCUAAAAAAAGCUUAAUUAAGAGGAAUUUUAACAAUGGAGUUUACACGUUCACCCUCUUUAAACAUACCGCAAAUUCACCCCUUCCUAUAAUACAAAUAUUUUGCAGGUAGAAGAGAAUAUUAAGCAUUUGCAUGAGAAAGGAUCACUGUGAUGUGGGUCAUUGCUCAAGUUUUAAAGUCCCCAACCUUGACACACCACUCUUCUCCGACUGUCACAAUAAACACAUUAGUCAUCCAAUGUAAUAGAAUAUAACAGAAUCCUUAUUUUUUAACACUUUACACACACAGUUUAUUCAGACUGCAGCAAAUUUAUAAAGUUUACAUUAUUGCUGGUGUUCAAGCGACACGUUGGAAAUGUUUGCAACAUAUUUUGCACUGCAAUACAUUUUAAGUAAUGUGACAAUAUAUAUUUUGUAUAAUAAGACAAUGACAAUAGAGCUAUCAGAGGUGUGUGAUAGGUGUGCGCUCAAGCUGAUUUAUUGACACGCUUGCAGUGUGUUUGUUUGUGAAUUGUCUCUGGUGUCUCAAUAAGUUGGAUUGCAGAGGACAAAAGGACCAGGGAAGAGAAUUGUGCAUGUGUUUGGAGGCUGCUUGUGGGAUUGCAUGUGUAGAGGGAGCUGAUUUUGGUGUGGUGUUUCAAUUUCAGUUGUGUUGUCUUUGUGGUGUAAUAGGUGCUGAUAGGGGCUGUAGAGUGUGUGUGUGUGUGUGUGUGUGUGUAUAGGUGCUGUAGUGUGUGUGUGUGUGUGUAGGGGGCAAAGUGUGUGUAUAGGGAAUGCAGAGAGUGUUUCCAUAGGGGUUGCAGUAUAUGUGUGUUUAAGUGUUGUAGUGUGUGCAGGGGCUGUAGAGAGUGUGUGUUUAGGAAAUGAAGUGUGUGUUUUUGCUAUACAGGAUCUAGUGUGUGCAAAGGGGAUGAAAUGUAUGUGUGUGUGUUUGUGUGUUUUCCCAGUUUGCCUGAUGGCCAAUCAAAAAUAACCUUAAAAAUAACCUUAAACCUAACACAAUUAUUAACACCACUCAUAAUGAUAAAAUUAACCCUAACUCCAUUGCUAGAUCUAACAUCUUAGCCAUAAAUCCAACAGCAAUCUUAACCAUAACACCAAUACAAACCCGAACUUCAACAAUAAUCCUAAUAGUAACCUUAACCCUAAAACCAACUAGCAUUUACCCUAACACCCUGAACUAACCAACAACACUAACCCUUAAUGCUAACCCUAACAGUCACAAUACCCCUAACACUGCACUAACCCUAAUUUUAACCCUAAAACUAACCUUAACCCCAACACUAUCUGCAAUACUAUUCCUAACACCAACACUAAACAUAAUAUUAACCUCAACCACAAUGCUCUCACUAACCGUACCUCUAGCCUAUUCUCCCAUCCAAAAGCUUCUUCCUCCUCUCAUAAAAGAAGGAAUGGAGAGAUCGCUGAUCUAAGGUACAGUGCAACCUAGAUAUAAAUACUCAAAACAACCUGAAAAUUAGACGCAAGUGAAUAACAAAAGGCAUUUAUCUAAGUUUAAUUUUAUAUACAUUUAUAUAGCUGCCUAGCACAUUAUUGUUUGCUAAUUUUAACACUCUUAUUUCCUUCCUUGCAGGUAAUGCAUUUGUCGUCAGCUUAGCAGUAGCAGACUUGCUUGUUGCCUGCUAUCCUUACCCAUUGGUACUGCUGGCGAUCUUCAAUCAAGGCUGGAGAAUGGGCCAUGUACAUUGCCUGAUGAGUGGAUUUUUCAUGGGACUCAGUGUAAUAAGCUCUGUUUUCAAUAUCACUGGCAUUGCCGUCAAUCGCUACUGCUAUAUCUGCCAUAACAGCUGGUAUCCCCGAUUGUUCUCCAACACCAGCACGUUCUGCUAUGUAGGGUUAGUUUGGAUCUUGGCUCUGGCAGCCAUCUUGCCAAACCUGUUUGUGGGAUCUUUGCAAUAUGACCCUCGUGUUUUCUCCUGUACAUUCUCUCAGUCUGUUAGCUCACUAUACACCCUCGCUGUAGUAAUCUUCCAUUUCUUUUUGCCCAUUGGGGUGGUGAGCUACUGUUAUCUACGCAUUUGGGUAUUGGUUUUUAAUACGCGACAUAGGGUCAAACCAGACAGACAUCUCCAAGCUCAAACAUGGCCUUAUAAUCUUCAGGGUUUUAUCACAAUGUUUGCAGUCUUUGUGCUUUUUGCUGUAUGCUGGGGACCACUAAAUAUUAUAGGACUGACUGUAGCCAUAUACCCAUCAUUAGGAAAUUCUAUUCCACGUUGGCUCUUUCUAGUGAGCUAUUUUAUGGCGUACUUUAACAGCUGCCUAAAUGCAGUGGUUUAUGGAGCUCUAAAUAAGAACUUCCGAAGAGAGUACAAGAUGAUCAUGAUGAACAUCUUCAAGUUGGGUUGA